UAUAUCGUACGCAAAGAGCUUCGUGGGGCCGCAGAUGGACUUGAGGAGAGGACUGUCAUGGAAUUGCUUCGAAAGCUACAUCAUCCGCACAUCAUAGAACUUCUCGGAUCCUACGAGCAGAAUGGCGUACACAAUUUCCUUUUCCCCUGUGCCCAACGAGAUCUUCAUCAGUUCUUUCGCUCGCAGAACGGCCUGAUUGCGGACGAACUCUACUCGAGCAUGUACCGACUAGCCGAUGCUUUGGCGUAUAUCCACCGAUACACUUAUCGGGAUGACAAUGUGCAACUAGAGCGCAUCGGUUACCAUCACGAUCUGCGGCCUGCGAAUAUACUGCAGUUCGGAAAGACAUUUGUAGUUGCUGACUUUGGGCUUUCGAAGCUGAAGCCGCAGGACCAGACCUCGAAGUCAAGGCUUCGAGGUGGCCAGGACGAUUAUCUCUCUCCGGAAGCUUUCAACGAAUCCAACUGGACUAUCGGCAAUGUGGGUCGAGCUUCGGACGUGUGGGCUUUUGGAUGCAUCUUAGCCGAAUUCGCAACGUACAUCGAGGGAGAAAGCGUUGAGUAUUUCCAUAACACCCGGAAAGCAAGUUACGGUGACGCAUUUAUGAGCAUGACCGACCAUGCUUUCCACCUUGGCGGCUAG